UCAGGUAUUAAACUACAAAUUUGCGGAUUCGCUGCUUGCCAAUGGCGUGAGAAAUAUGGCCAAAAAUUAGCGGUGCAAAAAAUUAAUCCUCGAAUUAAACGAGUAUACUUUGGACGCGAGGAAUAUAUUGCAUCUACAACAUAUCUUGUGGGCUCAGAACAUGGUAGUAAUUUCAAUAUGGAUGCUGGCACUUAUACCUACACAUUCUCCUGUCCCAUACCACCAAACUGUCCUUCAUCCUUCGAAAGCACUUACGGACACAUACGUUACCUCGCCAAAGUUACAUUUAUACGAAACGGCGCUGCCGAUCGCGUACACAAUGUAGGCUUCACAGUACUCAAAUUGCUAGAUUUAAAUCAGGAGAGUAAAAUGUUGAAGUCGCCCGCCACCAACGAUGCGCUCGAGAAUGUCUGCUUCUUCCUAUCCAAGGCGGUACACCUGAAAGUCGACCUCCAACAGACAGGCUAUGUACCGGGCCAGUAUGUGUUGGUCAGCGCUGAUGUGGACAAUCAAUCGUCCGUAGACUGUAAAAAGCUUAUUAUAACGUUGAAUUUACGCGCCACAUACACUUCAGAUACGCCAGCUUUGCGCACAGUUUCGGAGAAAAUUUGUCUUGCGAAAAAAGUUUGCGGUCAUGUGCCGCGUUACAUGCGCAAAGCCUUCGCAGAAACUAUACGCGUGCCAGCGACUGCGCCAACCUGUGAGCAUAUAAGCAAAGUUGUACGCGUCUCCUACGAGCUUUGUGUGCAAGCAAUGAUGAGUUCUGUGAUGCGAAAUCCGAAAACCGUUAUACCAAUAACUAUUGGCAAUGUGCCUUUAACGACAGCUGAUGAGGAAGAAUGGUUAGAGGAAGAGCGUGAAAGAGAAGAUGUGCCAACAACAUCUGCUGGACACGUUCGAUCAACUAGAGAAAUGGAAAGUGAAAUUGGAGCGAUAAGAGCAGUGAGCGAGGAAGAUACAAGUGAAGCUGAGGAGGGAAUUGAUUUGCCUCCACCCACCUAUGAGGAGGCGAUGUUCAUGA